GUGUGAGGCCCUAAGUUCAAACCCCAGUGCCGUCAAAAAAAAAAAAAUUCUCUAAAGGAAAAGAGAAAAUAAGUAGAAACACUGAACAGACACUGUGUUACAGAAUCUUUGAUAAUCACUAUAUACACUUCGUGUCAUUAUAAAUCCUCAAUAAUACCAUUCCACAGAUUAGAUAUCUUGGGAAAGUGAUCUGUGAAAGGUAAAGUGACGAACAGUGAUUCAAAUGAUAGCAUGAUUCCAAAUGCAGACUGUCAAAAUACUUCUAAAAAGUUUUUCAGCCACUACAUACUUUUUGAGCAACACUGUAUAACUUACCUAAUAAACUUUGUUUGUGCAAACAGAUAAACUAAAAUAUAACACUCCUUAGAGUUCCAUAUGGAAUUAUCACCAUCACCCCAAAAGCAGCAGUUAAUCUAAAGAGAAGGGGUAAACCUAAGCUGCUCAUCCUCAUAUAAGUCUAAUAACUGACACACAUAGAGUAUCUUUCUAAAGUAUGUUUGUGCCCAAGUAUGAGUUUUAAAACUUAUAAACAUGAGAUAACAUACUUUAUUCAGUAUGUGGCAGCUCCUUAAUUUACCCAACUAAAUAUUACCAAUCGUAUUUUCUUAGAACAAGUAGCUCCAUUAUAAUAAUCUAUUUCCUAAGCUUCAUUUUCAAAUGCAUAUAUAACUGGCAGACAAACCUGAAGCAGAUUUUCUAAAAAACAGUGCUCAAUAAUUAAUUUAUCUCUAUCUUAAGAACUUCUUUGUUCAUAUGUGCUAUUCUAUGAAAGCUAUAUCUGAAUUAUGAUUUUCCCUACAGUAUGCCAUUUUAUCAGGAGUUAUAAUGAAACAUCUACAUCUAAAUUCUUUAUCUGUCCUUUACUGGUUGUGUUAUUUCUGAAGAAUUACUAUAAGCUAAUUUAGGCUUCUACGAUUUCAUAUUAGUCAUCAUUGGCAAUUGGUAAGAAAUCCUUACUAUGUAGAUUGAAAGAAGAUGGUUGUAGGUCACUGAGCAAAGUGGCAACAUUGUUCAUGCAAUUACCUUAAUUUGGGGCUUACUUUUCAGUUGUAAAUUUUCCUUAGCAAUGUUUGCAAAGAAUCUUUGCUGAAGCACUAUUUUUCAUUUCAUUUUAGCUGAUUCUUUAAAUAACAAGAGAUUUGCUCAAGAGAAGCAUUUUUAUCUUUCUUUGGAAGAAGCCAAGAUCAUCUCCAUUUAAGGAUACACAGCAGCUGCUGCUGACAUUUUACGCACAGGAAAGUAAAGCAGGCUGAGUUCACUCUCUUACAAGCAUUUUUUAAAAAAAUAAAUUACAAACAGCUCUUACAAAAUUAAAAAAAAAUUUAAAAAUUAGCAUUUGCCAAGUGUGAUAAUUUAAGUAAAUCUAAUAUAAAAGCAAAAUAUUACAUUAACAGAAAACAAGAGAAUGAUGCCUGGCUUCUCAAAAGCAUUCCUUCCUCGGUUCUAUUAUAACCUGUACUGGGAAGAUCAACGUAUCAUCCCACUUCCUAAAAUUUCACUUAUAUAGUAAUUUUCAGAAAAGCAAAGGCUGGAUUAAAAGAAGCACAUACUUCUAGAAUUUUAACAAAUACAGACCUGUGUCAAUAAAAGACUCAUGGUGCAACUGGUUAGGAAUCUACAGCUUUUUAUUAUUUUGCUAGACGGUUACCCUUGACACUGUGUCAGCUUAAUAAAAGUUAGUGGGAUUUUAUGGUAAUUUAUGCAGCUAUUAAAAAGUCUUAAAUACUUAAAUUUACAAACUGCAAUUUUUCUUAAGGCAAUACAUAUCCAUUUACAUAUGUGAUUAUUCAUAAAUAUAUUGCUAAACUUCUAACUCACGAAAACACAAAUCAAUUAUACACAUUUACUUGCUCUUAUCUUAACAAUAAUGAUUUUUUUUUUCUAAAUCCCAAAGCAGUUAUUAGCCUGGUUUUCUCACAUGUGUUCCUUCCCCAUACCCACAGAUUCAGUUAAAAUGCUUAAUUGUUGUCUUGCUAGAAACUGCAGUAUUAAAGCAACAACUCAAUGAGAGUUGUUUCACUUAAGUCUGUAUUAUUAUUCUCGCUCUAUUAAAAUCCCUAUGACAACUACUAAUUUAGCUCUCAACAUCAUCACCUCAGUAUUCAAUUGCCUCUAAGCCUGAAGAUGUAUAAAUCUUUAAAGGAAGCUUUCUACUAUCCAAACUUUUCUUUUCUAUUUUUCAUUUACAUUUUAAAAUUAAAAACAAAAAAAAAUGAAGUGUUUAAAAAGUCUCCAUAUCUAAAGUAGGAUAAAUGAAGUUCUAAAGUUUGGUUGUAAAGUUCAAAUGUUUGGUUGUGGUAAGACUAUGGCUAGCCAAUCACAACUUCAGAAUUUCUGUGUGACAUCAUAAGACCUCCCUAGAAUACUUUUUCUCCUCCACCUACUGCAACUGUUUCCAUACACCCAGUAACUGUCAGAAAACUUCCCAGCUAAAGGCCCACAGGACUUCAUACAACUUGAUACUCUGUAUUGUGAUGAUCACAGAAGCCAAGUAAAGUUUAUCGAAAGUGAGGGGAAGGUACCACAGAGAAAACAGUGGUGGAUGCCGGCCAGGAAUUCAUCUUUCUUAAGGCUAACUAAAAGAAGACAGUUAUCUCACAUUUGGCUGCCACCUUUUUAUCUUUCUCUUGACCACUUAAAACUUCAGAUUUCCUGGCCUUUCUGGCAUCAUGGAGAAAGUCCAAUACCUCACUCGCUCAGCAAUAAGAAGAGCCUCAACUAUUGAAAUGCCUCAACAAGCACGCCAAAAUCUCCAGAACCUAUUUAUCAACUUCUGUCUCAUCUUAAUAUGUCUCUUGCUAAUAUGCAUCAUCGUGAUGCUUCUCUGAAGUUCUGCUGCAGUAUCCAGAUCUGCAACUUGUCACAUCAGCUUAAAAUCUGCCAUCCCAUAAAGAGGGGAAAACAACACACCCUGCUUCCUGAGUAGAAGUUUCUUGGUGAAAAGGUCAAGAUUAAGAGCAAAACAAAUUGUUAGCAAAUGUAUUCAUCUGCUGGAUCUUGUAAACAUGAAAAGGGCUUUAUUUUCAAACCUUGCAAUGACUGUAAGUGUGCAUAAUGUAACUGCUGAUUUCCUCAAAAUGGCUUAUAAAUUUCUUUCCUAAAUCAUGUCUGAGGAUGAAGUAGGAGUUUUAAUUUUGAAAAAGCACUGCUAACAAAUUUGCUUUAUAUAUGUACAGCAUUAUCUUUACUCUUUGGGGUAAAUAUAAUUUGUAUUGCACUGUAAGAGCUUCUUUGGUAGUUUCUAAAUAUUUUUCAGGUCUUCACCAAGUGACAAAAUAAUUUAAAUGAGGUGUCCUUAUUUAAAAUAGCUGACUGACUCCUCACAUCUGUUAUUUUUUAUUAUUAAUACACAGAGGUCUUGGUAGCUACUCUUUAGCAGUCAGAACCUACAUUUUAAAACAAAUUGUGUUAAUACCACAUUAACAUUUUUAAGUUUAUGAAAACAGUGAAAAGAGCAUAUUCUUAGAUAAACCAAAUUCCUCUUAGCUAAUUUUUUCAAAAACUUGUGGAAAUCUAGUACAUGUAAGUUAGCCAUAAAUCUGUUCAUUCUAGAACUUUAAGAACUGAUAAAACUGGUGGUCAACUUAAUAUUUGACGGCGUGAUUGCCAUAGUUACUAAUACUAGUAAAAUAUACUCUACCUCAAGUCUAAUUAUAGCAGAUUUCUGAGUUAUAAUACCUAACCUGUCAUACUAUAUCCUUGGAUUUAUAGACUGUCUUCUAUUCCAAACUUCUAAUCAAUGUAGGCAAGGAAAAGAAUUUAAAAGACUGCCAAUGACAGAAAAAUAUAUUAUUUGAAGUAUUAAAAUAAUUGAAUUGAAUUGAAUAUAAGAAUAUGUAAUUCUUAUAUUACAUUUUGAAAUGAACUUUUUGUCCUAUGUAUCAUUUGUAAUAGGAUAGUUAUUUUCCUUAA